GACGUCACAAAAGACGUGUCAGUGGAAGGAGUAGACAGGGAUUGUAGAGGAGCAUGUUGAAAAAUGUCCGAUUACUUUAAUUUAUCGUAUAGCGUGAAUAGUGGUAAACAGAGGGGUUCGUGUUGUCGCGCGUGUGCACGUUAGACCGGUGUCGUUACAUGAUUAUCAUUGAGCCUCGAGGUAUCACGUGGACUAAGACGAAGUCAGUUUCGAAUUAGUCAGACACGCCGUCGACCCGAAAUAUCAUCGAAAAAUAAAACUGGUGUGGACGGUGUGGUUUUGUUCUCAUGGGACUUCUCGGAUGCUGGCUUUUGCGAUACGGAUGAAUUAUAGAAUACACGGGACGAAAGAAGUAACGGAAGGAACUCGAAUUUCCCGCAGAAAUUUUAUCGAGCACCCUAUAGGUAGAGCGCUGCGCAGCAGUGAAGCAUCGGCGCCGUCGGCAGCGGUGGCCUCUUGUAGUUUUUGCUACGCCCUCUUCGCAUGAAAAUGAUUCUUCCCCGGCGUGCUGUAGUAGGGAUCGUCGACCAUUGGUUAUCGAACGUUUGACUGACAGUUCGACUAUCUCGUGUUAGGCUCGCGAUGAAAGGGAGAAAGAAAAACGACUUCUGGCUUCGUAUUAACGCCCACCGCUGAUUCCAAAGCCGUUCUUUAACUCACGUCUCUUUCUACCGCGGUGUUGUUGCCCGUCACGACGCCGGUUUUAAUACGCCGAUGACUGACAGGAUAAACGUGUAAAUUAUUGGAAGACUGAAGAUAAAUCGAGGAAUAUUUACAUAUCAGAGGCCCCGGAGGACCUGGGCAACGAUGGAAGCUGCUAGACAGGAAUGAUAGAAUGCAAGAGGGUAGCACCGCCGUGGCGCUAGCGAUGGUGACUCCUGGCUACGAUCAGGACCCUGCAAGUGGGGUUGCCGAUUACACGACUCAUCAAGAUCAAGCUCAGUUCGAGGCAGACAAGAGGGCAGUCUAUAAACAUCCCCUUUUCCCAUUGCUCGCGUUACUCUUCGAAAGAUGCGAACAAGCUACACAGAGUUCGGACAACUCGACGUCCGAAAGCUUCAACAUGGACAUACAGGCCUUCGUCCAACACCAAGAAAGAGACCGAAAGCCUUUCCUAAUCAAUGACCCCGAAAUUGACGGUUUGAUGAUCAAAGCGAUACAGGUGCUGCGGAUUCACCUACUCGAGCUGGAAAAAGUGCAGGAGCUGUGCAAGGACUUUUGCAACAGGUACAUCACGUGCCUGAAGGGCAAGAUGCAGAGCGAGAAUCUGCUACGCAGCGAUUACAGUCACCAUGGACACGAUAUGGGUCCAUCGAGUGGCAGCAACGGAAGCAGUCCUUUGCAGGUGCUGUCUUCUACAGGCAAUGAUGUUGAGUCGGGAGCUAACGGAUUCAGAGUGAGCAGAGGCGACACCCUGUCGGAGAACGGUGGUGCGAGUCAGUUGGCUGCGCAAGAGGAAACCGGUAACGACAGGCCGCCGUCGGUGCGAUCAUCUUCCACUGCUCAGCGCUCGAUCAGAUCCUCCAGCCAGGACCAUGACGAUCCACUGUCACCUUCCACGGUACACGGGAGCACACCACUUUCACAAAUUGGGGCUCAUUCCUGUGCACCAGUCAACGAUAUCUAUCUUGGUCAAGAUGAUAUGGACUAUGUGAAUAUUGGCGACAGAAUAUAUUUAGAAGAGGUUGGUUAUUGGGGCCUCCUUGCCUUGCAAGAGCGUGAAAAUGAAUACGUCGAUGUCGGGGAUGCGAAUGACGAAAAGUAUUUUGAUAUUACUGUGGCUGGCUCUCCUUCGCCUGCACCAAGUGAAGACGAAGACGAAGGAUGUGGCACUGGUACUGCUACUUCCAAUCACAGUAGUAGUGGUCAUGGAGGUAAUCAUAGCAGCGUUAAGAAAGGAAGACAAAAGCGGGGCGUCUUACCUAAACAAGCUACAAGCAUUAUGCGAACUUGGCUCUUUGAACAUUUAGUUCAUCCAUACCCUACGGAGGAUGAGAAGCGUCAAAUAGCGGGCCAAACGAACUUAACGUUGCUACAAGUCAAUAAUUGGUUCAUCAAUGCUCGUCGAAGAAUCCUUCAGCCAAUGCUCGACGGUGCCGGAGCGGAUUCGAUACAGCGAGCCGGGAAACGUCACAAGGUAUCGAAACACGUGGUGCAACACCAACAGGUGCAACAGCAACAAGGCGGUGGCUGGCAGUCUGAAGAUUCUGGUAGUGAUUCCGGCUCCAGCGACGGUGAGGGAGGUGCCGAUAGAUCGAAAGAUGGUAACGAUAGCGACGAAGAUGAUCUUCACUGACCUCUGUCGAUCAUUAAAACAUCAACCUCUUUACGGUACCUUCAAAUCCAGUUGCUCAUUACAGUAUUAAGGUAUUCGAGAAUAGAUUUCGCUUUAACUGUCAAAUACGUAAUUAUUCUCGCGAAAAUCAAGGGUAUUAUUGGUCGAGGUUAUCACGCUCUCUUAUCGGAUCCGACAGUUUCAAUCUCUUUUACUAUCCAUAGAGUAUCUUAGCGUUUUUAAACGUCGUUAUUCGUUAACUACGGUCCGAGAAAGAUUGAACAAGAAAUCUUGUAUAAUUCGAAACAUGUUCUUUCCCUUUCUUUUUUAUUUUUUCUUUUUUUUUUUUUUUUUGUUAUACAUUGUCUGUAAGAAUAAUUCGAUCAUGAUAAGGAAUGUUAUAUUUUUUAAUCAGUUUCCUUAAUUCGUUGAUAAGCAAGUUACAUUGAUGUAACUUCUUUUCUCGUGAAUAAUUUGUUAUUUCUUACGGUUGUUUCUUCUUGAUAAUUCAAUAUUGAUGAUUAUUAAUUUAUGUGUAAUAGUUCAAGGCGACAAACGAAGGUGGUAUAAAAAGGUCAUCGUUUGUAUCACUUACUGAACAAUAGACCGUGUUUUCCACGAUGUUUACCAAUCGAGUUGUUUAGUUGAUUAGUUAGGGAGUAGUUCAAAUCAACUGAUUUGUAGAAGCAAAUUAUUUUUCGAAAGAAGACUUGAAAUGUUCGUAAACAAUAUUCACAUUGUGAAAGAUCUUUAUGGAGACGAGUAUAUUUGCGUGUAACAUGUACAUUUUUUCUAUGAUAUAAACUACGAACGAAGAGUUUACUCGUUUAACAAAACGAUUAGAAACAAGUUAAAUCUAAGGUGACAACAACACAAAAGUCAGCGUUACUGUUUAUAUAUUUUUAUAUCGAAACUUUAUUUCCUUCGAGAUGUGUUUUUCCCAGGUUUCGCAGCGAUAUGACACGUCUUUUAAUGUUCAACAAUAAGACAAGAAAAAAGAAUAAGAUCAGUACGUGCUUAAAGGUCAUAUAAUUUCUGUAGAAAGUUAGCGAUCUUUAUAUCACUUUAUUUUCAAACUGUUCUGAAAUACUAUUAAACUUACAGAUACAUUUAUCCUAUGAACUGUGGGUGGAAUUAAAAAUUAAAUACUAACAACGUUUAAAGUAAAGGAAAGAAAAAGCAAAGAUAAACGUUUGACUAUUUAUUGGUUCGACCAGCCUCACACGAUUAAAUCGAUUCCUGAAUAGUUUUGAGAGAAUUUAGGGAUAUUUCUGUAAAGGGGAGACUUAGUACUUUCUAUAGUGUUAUCGAAAAUCGUCCAAACGAGACUAUGUAUAAUAUAGAUAUCUUAAAUAACGACACAAAUGAACGAUCGUUCUCAACCCUUCCUAAUUAAAAUAAGCUAUGACGAUAUUGUGCUACUACAUUUAACAUAGGCGAGAUAUGUUUUUGUGAUCGGUCGGCAACCAUCGAAAUGCUAAAAAGAUAAAUCUAAAUCCCGGGAAAAGCCAUGCGUAAAAAAUGAAGAACUGAAUUGCAAUAAAUUAAAAAAGAAGAUGAUUGUGAUGAUCGGUCAGUAAAAUGGUAACAAUCUCGGUCUUGUACUCUUCGUGCCAUUAAAGAGCGUGGUAACUUCCGCGUUUAGUCUUUGUUCAGCUCUGCAGUGUCGUGACAUAGCGAAGUGCUAUCCCUCCAAGAUAAUAAUAAUAAUAAUAAUUAAUAAUUAAUAAUAAUAACAAUAAUAUUAUUAUUAAUAAUAAUACCAUUACGACUAAUAAUGAUAACAACAACAAUGAUAAUAUAAUACUACUUUAAAUAUAUGAUGAUUAUAUUUUUAAACUCUAAGUGUCGUCUUUAAAAGAAGAAAGAAAAAAACAGAAAAAAAACACGUGUACCGCAGUUUGAACAAAUGUGGUAAUGCUGUACAUAAUACAAUAUACAAGAACUAUUAGAAAUAAAGGAGAAGAACGUUUAAUGUGAUUUCUCUUCAAACAGAAAGCAAGAGAAAACAGGAAAGAUUGAAGAAGAAUAUGAUUAACAAUACAUUUUCUUGUAACUGAAAAAAUACAACAGAGAAAAAAAGUCUAAGGCUCGACGACAAGCACAUGCCAUCUUAGGGUUAUAAGUGUUCAUACAUUCGCUGUCUGCAUAUGAUCGGUUGCGUUUUACUGAAAGUGUCCUCCAAAUUGCGCGUGCUGAAUAGUUAGCGACAUGUAAAAUGUUUUACUUGAAAGAAUCAGAGAAAAUUGAACGGAAAACGAGUUCCAAGAUUUGUAUCACUUAAUCGACGUUGUUUUAAGUUCGAUGACGAUUAAUCAUGUACAUACAUACGAUGCUCUUCCUACGUACUUGUCUUCGAUUGUCCUUCAAUUAUUUCCAAGCGUUCCGUCCAUCGCAUUUUCAACACUGUUGAGAUCUUCGACUGCCUUCGAAACGCUAUUCUAAAGGAACAAGCAUUUUUUAAACAAUCAUUCAAAUGUAGAAAUGUAAUCGCAUCUAAGAACGCAACUUAUUAUUAGCAAUAAUUUUCAUAUUUCUUUUACGAUUUUCUCUGCUCUUUUAAUGCCUGCGAUGAAGACUAUUUUUCUGUAUUUAAUCAUCCCUUAUCGAUCUGUAAAAUAUGUUAAGGUGAUAUUGGGGAGCGUUAUCGAGUUCCACCGGAUAAUAGGAGAAUGAGAAUAAUGAUUCUUUUGAAAUGAACUUCAUAAAAUUUCUUAAUAAGCUAUGUUGGUGUCAGUGAUUCCUAAUAUACAGCACUACUCUCUUUAUUUCUGUGCGAGGUAAUAAUAAUAUUAUAAUCUGUAAACAAGUAUAUGACUAACAAACGAACGCUAGUCCACUGAUUAAAACGCAUAGAGGAUAGCCCGCAUAUGUGUAGUCGAUUUUUGGUCAUUUUUUGAUCAUUGAUCUCUUCCUAAAAGGACAAGAUGAAACGAUAAAGUUAAGUUGUAGAUGUGCAAAGAUAAGAAAAGAGCAAAUAAUAGUUAUUAAUGUAAACUAUGCGGUCGAUUCUCAAUGUACUCAGAGGAACGAAAAGUUAAAAAUUAUUGAUUAGGUCUAUUGAUAUUUACUUUGCUAUUAAUUGGUAUUAUACUUUUCUUCCGGUAUAUAAUCGAUGUACAUAGCCGAAACAGGCACAAAGUGCUUCCAUUAGUGGCUUACGAGCUUUUUCCGAGACAAACUGAUUUCUAUUCCAAUAGUUGGCCAGUGUCUUAUCCGGCUGCUCGAAACUGUUAAACAUGUUCUAAGGGAAAGAAGCAAGUUAAUCGAGGCUUAGUAAAACGAUAUCAUCAGUUGAAGACAGCUUUUAUUACAGUAUAGCUCCAUAUACGGUGUAGUGAUGUAAGUGAAACAAAAAUAAAUGGGGCGAACGAUUGUGGACAAUGGUUGCGAAGAAAAAAAAAAAGAAGAAAAUCAACGAAAAAAACGCUGAUUCGAUUAUAUGACGAACUAUAUAUUAUUUAAUAGCAUUUUUCUACUUUGCUUUUAUCUCUAACUGGAUCAGCGAUUAAUAAAAAUGGUCUACGAUCGCUCGUACUAGUUAGUUCGUCUGUGUUUAUAAGUACCAGCAAUAAAUGCGCACUCUCCCUAAGAAAAUAGAACUAAGAAUCGUCAGCUCGUAUCGCGUCAAAUCACCUGGUACGGGACUAUACUGUACACUCUCGACUAAGUAUAAUUAUAAAGUAAUGGUAGAUUAAGAGGUAGGUUGUAAGGCUGAACCACGUAUACGUAUGUGCUGCGGCACCAGACGACUGUGAUAACUCGGUGGGCGGUGCCCAGCCUCCUACUUCAUACUUGUAUACUGAAAAUUAUGGAAUACUUCAAAGACACACACAUACAAACACAACAUACAUAUACACAAGAUACAAAAAUCAGAGACUAAAUACACAAGUAGAAACAUUUACCAGAAAGGAUUGAAUGUAUAUGUUAGAGCUUGCAUUGAGAGAACUUAGUGCUUGGUCCGUAGGCUUGCUUGGAUUGUUCUUUUUGCCCUUUAUAAGUUUUUGCUUGUGAUUAGUGGUUCCUAUUGAGAGUGCUUGUUUUAAAAAUAACUUGGACGUAUUUAAAAACCAACGAGUUGUUUGAAUUGAAUAUUUCAUAUAUUUUGUAAAUAGAAUAAUUGAUAGUAGAUAUACAUUUAUUAUAAUUAUACUAUACAAACAUACACGUACUAUAAUUGUUUACAUUAAAAGAUAAAUAGAGAUAUAAAAAUUCAAAACGUAUGAACACUUUCAUCCUUCCAGGUGCAUGAGGACGGACUUCCAAGUAAAUCUCUAAUGUUGCAUUAGUGAUUGAAGUGCAAGCUCUAAAAUAUUUAAGAAGAUAGGAAUGGACCGAAAAGUGUGAUGAUAAUAAGAAUUUUUUUGGUACAAGAUUAAGUUUCAUGUUUUGACUGCCUGAGUUCGUUGAAUUAUUCGUUUAUCUUGCAUAGACUUUUAUAACUAACAUACUAAAGAUAAUGUAUAUUUCACAUGUUACAUUUCUCAUCUUGUUUUACAAUAUUUUGUACUGUUAUUCCGUUAAUAUCUGAUAUCGUCAGGGAACACCCUAGGAUAAAGUACUUCUUUUAAACGUUUUAUGUUGUAUACGUGCAUUGAUUUAUAUUGUUCUACUAUAAAUGUGAUACGAAAAAAUAGGACAACUCAAAUUUUAGGCUACCCGCUUUCCUAACAUUAUCCUUGUUGUAAUUUCGUAUUCUCUAUUUUUUUUAAUUUCGUUAUAUUUUGUUACUUCUUAAAUAAUAAUGAACUAUAUAAAUAUUUGUAAGAAAUAUGUUUUAGUUCAUGUAUUUUAUAAAUAUUCAUGAAAUCUCUAGAAGAAAUAUUCUGUACCUUUUUAAAGAUAUUUAAAUGUACAUUAACAAAUGUUUGUACAAUACUGCAUGUAUAUGAUAAUAUUAAACUAAAGGACUUUCGUAGGUCCAUUCCUAACUUGAAAUUUUAAGUCGUAAAUUAAACGUAUUACGUACAUACUAAAAGGAAAGCAUAAGUAAACAACAUGAAUACUUCUCUCUCGUGUACAUCAAGGUCCUGUUAAAUAAGUUGUUUAUUAAUAAUAAACGCCAUCACGCUUGCAA